GCAUCAUGGUCGCUGGGGAGAGGAGUGCUGCCAUUUUUCAGUGGUACCAAAGCAAAAGCAGAAGGACGGACGUGUUGUGAAAGCGACUGGAGGGAAACCAACCGAUCGGGACAUGAUGGCCAGUGGUGUCCAGCCGAGUGUCCGAAGCGGGCCGGUCCUAAGUGCAACUCGUCCGAGUCGGUGGCAGUGAUUUCGCGUGAGUUUUCGAGUGCUUUGUCGGGCAAAACAGCGAUUAUUAUUCCGAGUGCUGUGUGGGUUGCUCUGUGCGCAAUUCUUCGUCAGCCGGACGCCCUUUGGCUCGGAAAAGACACUUUUCCGUCCAUGGCGGCGCCCCGACAGCCGAACUGCCGCGUUUGAAGAGUCCGAAAUCGGCAGGAUGUGUACGAACAGGUGAUCAACCGCGAGUGCAGUGACCUGCGCGUUGAGUGCCCGUGGUGUGCCACCCUGGAGAUGUGCACCCUCAGGUCGUGGAACAGCGCGACUCAAGAAAAUGGACUCGCUGACCGCGUACCCGUGCUGCAGCAAGGCCAACGGUCCCCCGCCGGCCGCGGCAAUGCACCAGACUGUUAAACAGCAUGACGCCCACCUCAAUCAUCAUCACAACCACCACCACCAGCCCCUGGGGCACCACCACCAGCAGCAUCACUCGAUCCACCACCCGAACCAAGGAUCCAACCCCGUAGUCUUCUACGUGCCCAACCAGCAGCAGCAGAACGGGGCCCCCCACUAUGGUGGACCCCACCAGAAUCCCUACGGGGACCACCAGCCCCAGCAGAACCACUACAAUUACCACCAGACUUCGGUGGCAAACUACAAUCCAGCACCAUAUCAGGGACAGCAGCAGCCCGUCGAGAAGCAGAAGCAGAACAACUACCCCUCAAUCUAUAACAACAACUCCAAACUGAACCUCUUCCAGCCAUUUUUCUCAGGCAAUAUUUACGAAGAAGCUAACAAGUCGCUCGACGGCGGAGGUGGCGACUUCAGCGGCCCGGCGUGCAGUUACACAGUGGCCAACUCGGCCAACUCGCCGCCCGGCGGUGCCCUGAGCACCUCCUCGGGCUACUACUCGUCCAACUCGUCGUCGCCGUCGACCUCGAGCUCUGUGCGUUCGACCUCUCGGUGCGACUCGGCCAGGUCAGUCGAGUCAAGCUGCAGCAGCACCGACAGCGGCGUCGACAGCAACUUCCCCCACACGUACAAUGGUGGUGUUUGUGUGCCCAGCACCUCCCAAAACGGCAGCAGCAGCAACAACAACUUUGUGCUGGUGCCGGUGAACUCGGCGACGCCGUCGCUACCCUACCCACCGCCAACGUCGGUGGGCUGUUCCAAUGGUGGCGUCCCGGUCACCAGCAGCAGCAGCAGUCCCUUGACGUGCAUGCAACCCCAGCAGCAAAGACUGCAAAACGUACAAAACGGUAGCGCCAGUGUCGGUGGUGCGAAUAAUGUGAUGUUAAACCAACAACAAGUUCAGCAGCAGCAGAAGCAACAACAACAGCAGCAGCCGCCGCAGCCUAAGCAGACGCGGACAGACAUUGCUGUGCCCUACGGCUGGCGGCGGCUGCUCGUCAAUAAUACCAUCGUCUACAUUAGUCCUAGUGGUGCCGAAAUCUGUUCCCGUGAGGCAGCCCGACAGUACCUGAUAACCCCUGGCAACUGCAAAUGUGGCCUAGAAUGUCCUUUGCACCUUGACAACGUCUUCUGUUUCGAUCCCAAGGUGACAAACAGGGCCUGGCCUCUGAUACCUGACCCGUCAGACAACACAAGGCUGUGCAACCACAAGAGAAAGCAGCAAGUGCCGGCCGCCUUGCUGGCCUCUGCGCCCGGCGGCCCCCGCAGCCCGCUACACAGAAAUCUCAUCCCCAACCCUGCCAAAGAUGGGCAGCAGUGUCAGCAACUGGUCAACGUCGGCGGCGGCAGGAAAAAGAGGCGGAAGGUGGAGGCGGCGGUGGCGUCGGCCGCGCCCUACGACCGCAAUUUGGUGUCGCAACUUUUGGCCCAGAGAGCAGAAAGACUUGAAAAUCAGCAGCCACUAACUGCAGCGGCGCCGACCGCACCAACACCAAACCCGCUCGAGCUGCCACAAGCCAACAACAAGCCCGAGCAAGUGCCAAGGACGUGGGACGGAGCACCGAUGGUCGCCCAGCAGGCGCCACCGCCCCACUCGCACCCUGCAGGCCUGCCCCAGCAGAUGCCGCCCCCGCAUUACGCCCACCACGCUCACCACCAGAUGCCCCACCUGCCGCCCCAGGGUCCGCCCAGGGUGCCGUGCCAUCCUCCCACCCUGAUGACCCCGCAGCAGCAGCAGCAGCAACCCCAAACGCAGCAAGCACCCCAACAACCCGCUCAGUAUCGCGGCUUUCCACCGCCGCCGCCACCCCCGCGGGCCAGCUUCCCACCGUUCCCCCCGCCGGACGUGUCAAAGCAGUUCCAGGAGCACCACCUUUCCGGGAGGAUGCCGGUGCAGAGGCUGCCGCCACCGCCGUACAUCUAUCCCCCGACGUCCGGGGGCGGCUUCUACCCCCAGCAGCCGCAGUCACAGCCGCCGCAGCCGCAACAGCCGGACAAGCAGUGGCAGUACGACAAGGAGGCGCACCAGAUGGCCUGGGAUGACCUGGCCAAGCGGAAAAAGCUCAAGGUGAAGAAGACAAAGCGGGAGAGCGUCCCCCAGGUGGUGCCGGAGGCUUCGGGGGCGGCACCCUCCUUCAUGGAGGACCCGAACGGUUACCUGGCGCAGCAGACGGCCCUCCUCAACUCGACCAUCCUGCGGCCGCAGAGCUUCCCACCGCCUCCGCCACCGCAGCAGAGCGUCGUGUCGAGCGCGAGCGCGUCGCCCACCACGACCACGAGCACCUCAAGUACGACCCCCAUCGCGCCGGCCCCUCCCCCUCAGCAGGUGAAGCCGGUGCCGCUGCCCAGCAACGUCGCCCUGCCCAAGGGCCUCGGCAGGGCGCCCCCGACAAUCUCGAGCAGCCCUGCGGCCGCCCCUCCGCCCCCUGAGAGCACCCCUGUCGUGCCGGACAGCGCCUCCGAGUGCCAGGCGUGCACGCUUAUCAAAGAGGAGGCGCACCCGGCAGUCACUUCCACCGCUAGCCCAGACCCCAAGGGACCUAUCCAGGGCGGCACCGUCAGCACAAGUCAGGAGCAGCAGGAGAGUAAGACAGAGACAGCGGCCGUGACCGUGGCGACCAGCACCCCAACCAAAUCCCCCCUGGAAAUGGUACAGAGCGUAGUGAGCAGCAUUCAGGUUCCUCAGAAGCUGGCGACGGCGACGCCUUUGACCCUGAGCGCGUCUCCGGCCAGCGGCACGGACCUGAAACUUCCACCAGGCCACAUUUUCGUCUCAUCCAACGGGCAGCAGCUGAUCAUCCAGGGCGCGACGCAGAAACUGACGCCGCCUCCACCUCAGCAGCAGCAGCAGCAGCAGGCCCAGGCGAACAUGCUCUCGGCGCUGCAGCAGCCGAUGGUGCAGCUGGUGAACACGCUGCCGUGCACCACACCGCUGCUGCUGCACCAGCCCCUGCAGCAGACGGUUACCAUGGAGGGCCAGCUGCUGGCCGCACUCCCGACGGACGAGCUGAAGAAGAAGGCCAAGAAGCGCCGGCCCAUCCAACAGGCGCCGCCGCCCCAGCAGCCCCCGCAACAGCUGCCCCCACCGCCACCCCAGCAGCAACAGCAGAUCCUCCAGAGCCCGCUCUUCAUGCAGAACUUCCAGCAGCCGCUGCUGCAGACGCUCACCAUCCUGCCAAACAAGCAACCCCAGUUCCUGCUCCCCCAGCAGACGGCCAGUCCGCAGCAGUCGCCGCUUGGCGCCAACCCUAUCAACCUCAUCCAGCCGCUGAAUUUGCUGAACGGCGCCAACUUCAUGUCGACGAACCUGCCAGCCAUUCAGACGCUGGUGGUGCCCGGCCUGCAGGGGAUGGUGAUGAGCGCCCUUCCGGAGGGCACGCUGAUCCCGACGGACGGCAGCGGCGGCACGGUGCAACUGCAGCUUCCCAACCAGAUCCUGAUGCAGCCGCAAUUCGGGCAGCAGAACCUGCUGUCGACGCCACAGAUGUUGAUCCGAGCGCCAGCGCCGCAGAUCAUUAACAAGGUGACCGCCACCGGGCAGCAUUUCCAGGUGGGCCAGCUGAUCUCGCCGCAGUCGCAGUUCCUUGGCUUCCAGCAGACCCUGAACGGCCUGACGAUGAUGAGCCCGCCCAAGCCGCCCGAGCAGCAGCAGCUCAUCAUGAACGUCAACGGCCAGCCCAUGAUCAUUCCAUGCUCGGCAGCCAACGUCACCCCCACCAGCCAGAGCACCACCCUGCUGCACCAGAACACCACCAUCGUUCAGCAGCAGACCACCACCGCGCUCGUCGCUGCGGCCAACAACGCUGCACAACAGCAACACAUGCAGAUGACUCACUACCAUCAUUUGCCUCCCUAUCAGGUUAAUCCGCUGAUUCUGAAGCAAUUCCAAGACCUGCCGCUGCUGCUGCAACAGAAGCACUCGGUGUCGACGCAGACGGCGCAGGCCGCGCAGGCGGCCGCCGCCCUGCUGCCGGCCAUGGUGCAGAUUCCGACCAGCUUGUACAACAGCCCCCCGCUGGAGCAGAUGCCCCCGGACACGACCACCUCGUCGCCCAUCUCGGAGCCGCUCAAGUCGCUGACGCCGCUCAACACCGAGUGCGGCGUCACCAGCUCGGAAGCCGAUCCGGUCGACGCCACCACCACCUUCAGCUGGGUCACAAAGGUCGACGAGGUCAUGGUGGAGAGCUCCACCAUCCUCGACAAGAGCAGACCCCUCAAACGCAAGUUGGAUGACGCCUCUGCUACCCCUGUUGUGCAAGACUGCAAGUGUGUUGUGAGGGAAGGAGAGCUGGUGUGGGGCCCCUUCAACGGGUCGCCCUCCUGGCCCGGGAAAUUGGUGUCCCUGAACGAGAGCCUCGAGGGCGGCGGCGCCCCCUCCGACUCCAGGGGGUGGGUGCGCUGGUUCGGGUCCACUUUGCACUCUCAAGUCGAGCUAAAUUCCCUGAAAAGUUUGUCCGAAGGACUCGAGGCUCACCACUCGGCCACUAAGAAGUUCCGCAAGGGCAGGAAAAUGAAUCAGUUGCUGGAGAAUGCAAUUCAAGAGGCCAUGAGUGAGUUAGAUAAGAUGACGGCUACCGGCAUGCAGCAGUCUUCGAGAUAACCGAAUCUCUCUCAAGUCUUACUUUCCUUGCUUUUUUAGUAAUUUUUAAUAAUUGUUGAUUAACACCCAGUAAUAACGUCAGGUGAUGGUACCAAAAGUAAUUUUUACUAUCUAUUUAGUUAAUUCUUUUCUCCCAAGAAAGAAUGACAAACAAAACCAGAUAUUGAGCGUUGCUAACUUCAAGUUGCUUUUAUUUAAGUACUUUUUACACACAAAACCGUUGAUUUGUGUCUCUAGUCAGAUAAAUAUAUUCUUGCUUUUUUUAAUCUACGAUUAAGAACCACAAAACUUGUAUAAAAUUGGAGCGAUCAGAGCGUUUAAUAGAUCUGAUUGAGCAUUGCUGUAAAUGUAUAAAUAUGAAAAUAUGUUAUGAUUUACGACAAUAAAUGGCUAAACUACUAAUACACGUACACGCAUACAAAAAUGGGUGGAUGGCAAAUAGACAUUUAUUGUGUGCUGUAAAUAUAAUAUAAUUAUACAUGCAUAUACAUACAUAUUAUCGGUUGACGAUUCGUGAGAAGAGUAUGUACAUUUGUGUAAAGUAUCCCCGGUUUUUACUUGUUUAACGUUACGUAUUGUCGGGUGCAUAAUAUUUAUGCACAUGUCUGUGUUUGACAAAAACAAAAUCACUAUGGAUGCUGUGAGUGUUCUUUUGUUGCAAAUUGAUUGGUUGUAAACGCAGUAAACAGUAGCUUGAAGCUACAAAACAGUCCAACAAAGUCAGUUGGUUGAUUUUUACUUAUUAUGAUUACUACGCUGCUUUUGUUUUUUUUUUUUUUUGUUCUCUGAAUCGCAGUGUGAGAAUAAAGAGGGAGGGAGGAAGGAGUAAAAUUUGAAUUGUAUUAGCCGUCCAAUGUGCAUAAAAUACUUGUAAGAAGUGUGAUUUGCGGGUAUAUACAGGAGAAACUACAUCACAGCUCUUGUAUUUCAGUUUUCGCGCCAACUCGGGAAACAGUGGGCAUCAGGUACGUUUUAAAUUGGCACGUACCAUUUUGAAUUUUGCAUAUAUAUGAGAGGUUUUGUCGCCAAAAUUUCAAGUACUGCUGGUGAUCUUCACUUUUUGAGUGAUUUGAUUUUGUAAAAAUGGUCGCUUUAAAUAUGAGCAAUGCGGUUUGAGCAAAAAAAAAAACGAAAAAUUUCCUUUACAACUUGAAUUUAAAUAUUUGAAAAAAAAAAUAAAUCAGGCCUUGGUUCAUGCUUCAUCUCUGUAGCUUCAUGUUAGAGCAGAUUUUCUAAAGUAAAAUAGUUUGAAAAGUGCCAAAAAGUGAAUUUAUUCGGAAGUAAAACAUACUUUGGUCUGAAAUUUUCAUCUAACCAUACAACAUGUGUGAAAUUCAAAAUGUUUUUUUUAUGACGUGCCAAUUUAGCUCGCCUAGGUGCAAAUCGACAUCGCUCGCGAGUGUAUGAAUAUAUUGUUCCUAACAAAAAGAUGGGGAUUUUGAGAUGAAAAAGAAAUAAUAAUAAUAAUACUAGAGAUCGAGACCCACCUCUGCUUUAAUAUUUGGAAUCCUAAAGAAAUUGUUGUUGGAUAAUUGAGAUAAAUUAUAUGGGCGCAAGUAUAGAGAGAAAUAAUACUAAAUGAGAUUAAAAUCAACGCGAUUUGAACUUAAAUACAAAUUGAUAGGAGAUUUUUAGCAGACAAACAAAAAAAAUGAGUAAAAACUUUGCGAGAAAGGUCUGAAACAAAAACUACGAAGAAAAGUAUUUUUUAUAUCCUGAGAUGAAAAAAGUAAUGAAUUAAUCAUACUCCUGGAAGCACUUUAGAGCAAGCGUAGAUAAAUAAAUGUAAUUGUUAGUUGUCUCUCGUUUGUUCACGUAUAUUCGGGUGGAAGAAGCAGAAGCAGAAAAUCACGCGCAAAAAGAUGUUAAGUGUGUUAUACUUGAUUAAUCACACGCCUAAAAUGAGUAAUAAGUGGUCGAGUAAUAACAAUCCCUGCUGGAUAUUUGGGGCUGCAAAUUUGUUAUUGAGAAAGAAAAAAUAAUAUCUCUGUCUCCGACGUCAUUUAAGCUGUACCGUAAUAGGAAGAAACUAUAUAUCAAUGUUGUUAUCUGAUACGAUAUGGCCCAUCGAUUAAAACUAAACACACACACAAUUGUGCACGCGGCUGGCUAUUAACUGAGAAUCUACCUUUUUACCUCGAAACGAUGUGCUUAUUUUGUUCAGUUCGUUUUACAAAUCCAAGUUUGCCAUACUUAAAUGCAUUUCUUUUAUUGUCUUUUUUAUAUUUUAAACUAAAUUUUUUUCGCCACAAACACCACAUUUUUAUGUUUUAGCUUUUUGGUUGCGCCUUCUUGAGUUUUUCGUUGUAAACACACACCCACACCUACACACACACACACAUUCACUGGCAUACUUAAUACAUAUUAUGUGUAUUUAUAGGUAGGCGACAAAAAUUGAAUGAUGUUAUUUGCCAGAGUUUAUUGUAAUAUAUCCUCGAUAUUACCUAUUAAUGAUUAAAUAUACUUUAACCAUUGCUGUAUAUUUAUGGAAAAGCUUAUUAUAUUCUCACAUGAUGAAACAAAGUA